UCCCAGUAAAGAAGGAAGCUUUAUUUAACGAGGAAAUAAAAUAAAAUCUCGGUUGUCUUGGAAGGAGAAAAACUUUAAUUUGAACAAAAAUGGAACCAGAAGGCCAUCAAAGUGUUAUUAAAUAUCUAAUCACUGGUUUUAUUUUGAUUAUCAGUGAAAUUAUCACAUCACUUGCGAGGACGUGGGGUAAAAUAAUUAGGGUACCCGGUUCAAGUGGAGCAUUCGCACCAAAUGAUGAUGGAAGUACGUAUACCGGUCAUAGUGAUGGACAUUUUGAUGAAUUUGGUGCCGGAGAUGGAAAAAAGCCCCAUGAAUUCUACCAUACUUUCUUUAUGGCACCGAUGUUGUAUUUACCCCAACUAUUCUGUUUGUUGUUAUUUUAUAUAAUGAGUGGGACGGGGUGUGGCCGACGUUAUCUUCACCCAGAACAAGAACGGAAUGCUGUUGAAGGUGCACAGAACCCUCGGGGUGGUGCUCGUCGCCCCCUUAACAGAAGGGUAGAACAGGAUAUGCGUUACAGUAAAGGGAUUUUUGUCAUUCCUGCCAUUUUUAAUUAUGCAGCAACAUGUCUUCUAUAUGUAGGCUUCAAUCUCACUUAUCCCUCUAGUACUAUUCUGUUUAAAGGUGCCAUUCUGUUUUUCACGUCACUCUUAUCUGUGGCGUUCCUCGGCAGAAACAUGAACCCAAGAAUGUGGAUAGGUGUUGUAAUUGGCAUUAUGGGACUGGCGAAUUUAGGAAUUCAUGAUUAUAUCUAUAUGUCCAGGAAUGAUUAUGAUACAAAUGGAAUCGUCGCAGGAGAUUUGCUGAUUGUCAUGGCUCAAAUAAUGUAUUCUAUCCAGGCCGUCAUCGAACAGAAGCUUCUAACUCGUUACACAAAUCUCACACCUCUAGAAACUCUCGGAUUCGAAGGAUUGUACGGAUUUUGUAUCUCAUUCUUUCUGCUCAUCAUAUUUUCGUUUGUCAAUGCUGGGGCCUUCAGCAAUCUACCUGACCACUAUCUGGAAGCACCAAUCGAUGCCUUGAAACAGAUGAGGAAUUCAUGGCAAGCCUCCAUUAUAGUCAUAGGGAUGAUGAUAUUCAACACCAUCCACUACUUAAUGGCUCUAAUGAUCACCAAGGAUUAUGGUGCCACUCCAAGAAUGGUCAUCAAUUCUAUCGCCUAUGCUGUCACCUGGGGGAUAAUUCUUGCCUUGAAAUGGCAAACAUAUAAAUGGUACCUUAUUCCUGGUUUUCCUCUGGUUGUCCUUGGUUUUUUGGUAUAUUUUGAUGUAUUUAUGUGUAUUUAUCGCUUCAUCAGACGGUACCUUUGUCGAGCAGAAGUUGAGGAUGAUCAGGUUAACUUAUUGGGCAAUGGACACGCAGGUGGUGCUAUACAGUAGUUUGGAACUACAGAAUGGAAACUUCAAAACAAUGAAUGGAUAAAAUGAUGUCUUCUGCUUGUCAUUUAUCUCAGAUAAUUUUUUUAUGUUAUAUUUUAAAAUUCAUAUACAAAGUGCUUUAAAAAUGAGAUAUAAUUUCUCUUUAAAAAAAAUUGUAUAUUAUGUGUUUCAUUUUUUUUUUAUUUUAAAUUUGUUUUAAGAACGUGUUUUGUAUAUAAAUGUAUUAAGGGAAUUAUGUUUGUGAGAUUCCCUAAUUUGUUAGCAUUUUUCAUGUUAAAGGCACAAAACUAGAGACUAAAAGACCACACCAUUUAAAAUUUGCUUCCUUUUCUUCAAAAAAACAAAAUUAUUUAAAAAGCUUUUAAGGUUUGAAAUUUUUAACAAGAGCAGGUCUCACACUGGCUUUUAAUUUUUUUCCGUCAAAAUGGAUGAUAAUUGUUAUAUACUGAAAUAUUCAUGUAUCUUUUCCACCAACUGGAAUAUUUUAUCUGCCAAAAAAUUGUGAUAAGAAAGAAAAUAUGUAAGAAUUUUAUUUCCCUGGUAGGCCUAUUAUAUAACAAUUACCGAUUUAAUUAUAAUAUACAACAACUGAAAAAAUCCGUCUUUACAAAAUACAUUAGCCCAGUUUUGAGAUGAUUUACGAAGAUCGAAUAUUUUUUUUUAUCGUGACUUUAGUCUAUUUGCACACCGUAUUUCGCAAUAUAUUUUCAGUAUUUACACAUCAAUCUCAACCAAGGAUUGCCAAUUUUUUAUAAAUUUAUGUGUUACGUGUACAAUAGAAUGAUUUACAUUUAAAUUUUAUUUGUAAGAAAUGCUUACAAUUAUAUUCGUCGUUCACUUUCCGCCAAGAAAAUUGCUGUGACAUCAUUUUAGUCCUUCUGCUCAUAUUCUAGUCUAUAUUUCUAUGAGCGAAACAACUAAAAUGACAUCACAGAUUGUUUAUUGACGAAAAGUUACGACUACUCACGGAGAACGGCGGAAAUCACUAACAUUGAAAUUUACCUAUGACAGGUAACAUUGACAUUCAGGAUCAUUUUAUACUUAUCGAAAGGAUAUGUUGACAUAAUUACUUGCAUUAUUUAGCAAAAUUAUGAAGCUUUUCCGGUGAGCUUUAAGCUAUGAAUCCCAGCCAGACCUUUUUAAAGACAGUCACUGAUAAAACCCUAUUUAUGAGAAUUUAGCCAAAAGACGAUCAAGUUACGAAUCGUAUCAAUUCAGAAGCUAUAGUCUCGAUUUGAGGCUGACCGACAUAUUUACAAAUCUAAAUUAGAAUUUCUCAGUCACCCAAAGGAACUUUUUAUUUUGUACUUUACCAAAAAUAAGGGUGGAUAGCCCCGGACAUUUCCACCACUUUGUCCCCCGCCUAAUUUUGGAGCUGAUCAAUCCUAACAUAAAUUAUUGCAAUCUGAAGUUCUCAUUAUACAUUCCAUUUCUUUCCAUCCUUCAUCUUAAAUGUCUUCAAUUCUCAGUCAGCAACUGAAGGAUAACUCAAUUCUAUCUAUGAACAUCUACAUCAAGAUAGUAUCUAACCCAUGAUUAGGUUUUAAUCAUUAAUGACGAUCCCAAGAAUACUAUUUAUUCCAUACUUUUGUUAAAUAUAUAUUUGUAAAAGUUGCAUGAUCAGAGUUAUUUAUUUUUUAAAAGAUCUUUAAUUGAAAAAUCUCGAUUUUUAAAAGCUCUUUAAUCGAAAAAUCUCGAUUUGAGUUUUUUAAAAGAUCUUGAAUCGAAAAAUCUGCAUUUGGGUUUUUUAAAAGAUCUUUACUUGGAAAAUCUGCAUUUGAAUUUUUUAAAGAUUUUUAAUAUGAAAAUCUGUAUUUAAUCUACAUGUUUUUAUUUUAGAUGUUUUCAUUCGUUUAAUCAAAGAUCUGAAUAGACUGUAAUUACUACAUAUAAACAUAAUAAUUAAUUUAAUUAGUUUCUUUUGUUUGUACUUUUUAAAGAUACAUUAUGUAAGAUUUAGAUAAAGAGCUGAUCAUUAAAGAUACAUUAUGUAAGAUUUAGAUAAAGAGCUGAUCAUUAAAGAUACAUUAUGUAAGAUUUAGAUAAAGAGCUGAUCAUUAAAGAUACAUUGCAAGA